UAAGCAAAAAUACAAACUAGUCCACAAAACAUUAUAUAGAUUUUGUCAUGGCAAACUUCCUCAAACUCAAACAGUUCCUAACUUUAGUAUUAAUUCUCUUAGCCCUAGCCGCCAAAAGUUCCAAAAGCACACCAUCACCAUCAUCAACCACACGUGUGAAAGGCAUAUACUGGAUAGAAAACCCACUUUUCCCUCCAUCUUCCAUAGAUACAUCACUUUUCACUCACAUUUUCUACGCUUUUGUUUCACCCAACAAAUUCACUUAUAAGCUAGAAGAAGAAGAAGAAGAUUCAACAACUGUAGCCACCUCCCUCACUACUUUCACCAACACUUUCAAAACUAAAACCCCUCCCAUUCCUACCCUCCUUUCCAUUGGAGGUGCAACUAGCAAUUCCACACUCUUUGCUUUCAUUGCCUCUGACCCCACGGCACGUGCUACCUUCAUCAACUCUACAAUCCAAGUCGCUCGAACCUUUGGAUUCGAUGGAAUCGACUUCGAUUGGGAGUUUCCUACAACCACAAAAGAAAUGAAUGACCUUGGAGAAUUGCUUUUCCAAUGGCGAAGAGCAAUUUCCGACGAAGCAACCUCCACCAGCCGGCCACCUUUGCUUCUCACCGCCGCUGUUUACUUUGCCGUUAAUUUUUUCCUCUCCGGUGAACGGCGGAUGUAUCCGGUUGAUUCUAUUAACAAGAAUUUGGAUUGGGUUAAUGUUAUGAGUUAUGAUCUUCUCGGGUCGGGUAGUAAUGUGACCGGGGCUCCAUCUGGAAUGUUUGACUCGAAAAGUAAUGUGAGUGUGGUGAGUGGGUUGUUUUCAUGGAUCCGAGGCGGGGUUGCUCCAGAAAAGAUUGUUAUGGGUAUGCCUCUUUACGGGAAGAGUUGGAAGCUUCAGGAUCCGAAUGUGCAUGGAAUCGGGGCACCGAAUGUUGGGCCGGGUCCUGGGGUUGAUGGUGGAAUGGCGUAUUUUCAAGUUGUGGAUUUUAAUAAACAAAUGGGUGCAAAAGUGGUGUAUGACAAGGAGACCGGAUCGGUUUAUUCAUAUAGUGGGAGUACUUGGAUUGGGUAUGAUGAUCCGUUUACGGUUUCUGUUAAGGUUGGGUUUGCUCAAGCUCUUAAACUAGGUGGAUAUUUCUUUUGGGCUGCUGGUUAUGAUACUAGUGAUUGGAAAGUCUCAACUCAAGCUUCGAAAGCAUGGAGGCCUGAGUGAAUGAGACAGGAGAAGUGAAUUGAGGUCUUGCCUCGCAUGGUUCCGUUAUCAUUCUUUCAUCAUGCAGGGGAAGUUUGGACUUUAUAUUCAGCGUCAACGGUUAAGUAAUUGAAUGUGCACAAGUUGAUGGCAUUGGAAAAAACAUGACCGAGAAGUUUUUGACUUUCCUGUGGAUUUUUUUUUUUCUUUCCAUUUUACUCAAUUCUAAUUCUUAGUUAUUUAUAGGCUUAAAUGCUCUUUUGGUCCCUUAACUAUUUAAUUGAUAUCACUUUGGUCCCUUAACUAAAAAAAAAUUGUUUGAGGAUUUUAAGUUUUUUUUUAGUUU